AAGAAGUAAGCUAGCAAGAGAAAGAAAACAACGGUGGCGACUAGUUAUUGGUAGUUUACGAUAAAACGAUUAUAGCUUCUAUUUUUUUAACAACAAUUACCCCAAGAACUUGUUUUUUUUCUUAAGCCUAGGGUGUAGCAUUGGAGUUUUAUCUGAAGUGAAGAUAGAAGACGAACCGCUGCUAUGCUAAGAUGGCGACGUCCGGUCAAAGAGAAGGAGGAAGAGAAUCAUCACCGCCAACCACGGAGAAAAAACCCCUAACUGCAGAUAACGACAUCCAACAGAUGAUUGAUCGUCAAGAAGAACGUCACCCUCAGGCAAAGGGGGGGGACUCCACUUUGGAGCAGAAGGAGCCACAGCCCCCUUACAUUAAAGAGGAAAAGGAGGAGCCACAUCCUCCUCACAUUAAAGAGGAAAAGGAGGAGCCACAUCCCUUCUAUGUUAAAAAGGAAGAAGAAGAGCUUCUUGUGGGUCCAGCAGAAGCUGAUCUCACCAGGUUGCCACUGAUUCUGGUCUCUGUGAAGACCGAAGACCAUGAAAACGAACCACCCGAGUCCUCGCAGCUUCAUCACAGUCCAAGUGAGGAGAACAGAGGGGCGGAGCCACAACACAUGACAACAGAAGCUGAUGGAGACCACUGUGGAGGAUCCCAAGCAGACAACCUCUUAGCUCCGCUAUCAGAUAGCGAUGACGUAACAUCACACUCUCCUGAGGAUGACGACAGCGACUCCAAUCAAGAAUCGUUAAGUAAACAUUUUAACUGCCCGGUUUGUGAUAAAAGAUUUUCUUGGAAGACUAGUUUGACUCGACACAUGAGGACACACUCUGGAGAAACACCUUUUCGUUGCUCGGAGUGUGAUAAAAGUUUCACCCGAAAGGCAACUUUGGUAAAUCACAUGCGAAGACACACGGGAGGAAAAUCUUGUACUUGCUCUGAAUGUGGAAAAAGUUUCACUGAAAUGACAACUUUGGUAAAUCACAUGAGGACGCACACGGGAGGAAAACCCUUUAGUUGCUCCGACUGUGGUAAAACCUUCACUCGAAAGGCAACCGUGGUAUCACACAUGAGAAUACACACAGGAGAAAAACCUUUUACCUGCUCUGAAUGUGGUCGAAGCUUCACUCAAAAGGUAACUCUGGUAAACCACAUGAGAACGCACACGGGAGAAAAACCUUUUACUUGCUCUUACUGUCGUAAAGGUUUCACUCAAAAGGUUCAAAUGAUCUCACAUAGGAGAACACACACAGGAGAAAAACCUUUCUGUUGCUCAAUCUGUUUGAAACGCUUCACUAAAAAGGGAGCUAUGGUAUCACACAUGGGAACACACUCGGAAGAAAAACCAUUUACCUGCUCCAAUUGUAGCGAUGCAAAGUCCUGUUUGAACAAACACGUCCAAAGUCACUGAGAGUCUAUUAUGGUUAAAGGGUCACUGUUAUGAUUUAUAAACUUAACUUAAACUUAACAGCCAAUCACAGGGCACAUCUAGACAAACAACC